UGCUCAAAUCAUUUAAGUUCAUUUCCCCCCCCCCCUCAAGUAACACACAGCACCCCAUAUUGAAAGAAAAAAACAGAAUUGUUGAAAUGUUUGCAUUUUUAAAAAAGAAAAACUGAAAUAUCACAGGCGGCACGGUGGUCGACUGGUUAGAGCGUCAGCCUCACAGUUCUGAGGACCCGGGUUCAAUCCCCGGCCCCGGCUGUGGAGUUUGCAUGUUCUCCCUGUGCCUGCCCGAUGACAGCUGGGAUAGGCUCCAGCACGCCCGCGACCCUAGUGAGGAUAAGCGGCUCAGAAAAUGGAUGGAUGGAUGGAUGGAUGGAUGAAAUAUCACACAGUCAUAAGUGUUCAGACCCUUUGCUCAGUGUUUAGUAGAAGCCCCCUUUUGAGCUAAUACAGCCUUGAGUCUUUUUGGGAAUGAUGCAACUAGUUUUCACACCUGGAUUUUGGUGUCUCUGCCAUUCCUCCUCGCAGAUCCUCUCCAGUUCUGUCAGGUUGGAUGGUGAACGUUGGUGGACAGCCAUUUUCAGGUGUUUCCAGAGAUGCUCAAUUGGGUUUAAGUCAGGGCCCUGGUUGGGCCAUUCAAAAACUGUCACAUAGUUCUUCUGAAGCUACUCCUUUGUGAUUUUAGCUGUGUCCUUAGGGUCAUUGUCUUGUUGGAGGGUGAACCUUCGGCCCAAUCUGAGGUCCUGAGCACUCUGGAGAAGGUUUUCGUCCAGGAUAUCCCUGUACCUGGCCGCAUUCACCUUUCCUUCGACUGCAACCAGUCGUCCUGUCCUUGCAGCUGAAAAACACCCCCACAGCAUCACGCUCCCACCACCAUGCUUCACUGUUGGGACUAUUGGACACGUGAUGAGCAGUGCCGAGGCCUUUUCUCCACACAUACCCCUUAGAAUUAAGGCCAAAAUGUUCUAUCUUGGUCCAUUAACUCCAUGUGGGCUUUCAUGUCCAAUUCAUCAAGUCCAAUCAGAAUAAUCAAACACAGCUGGACUCCAAUGAAGGUGUUGAACCAUCUCAAGGACGGUCAGAAGAAACGGACAGCACCAAAUUUAAAUAUACGCGUGUCAGAGCAAAGGGUAUGACUACUUAUGGCCGUGUGAUAAUUCAGUUUUUCUUUUUUAAUCAAUCUGCAAAAAUGUCAACAAUUCCGUGUUUUUCUGUCAAUAUGGGGUGCUGUGUGUACAUUUACGAGGGAAAGAAUGACUUUAGCAAAUGGCUGCAGUAUAACAAAGAGUGAACAUUUUAAGGGCGUUGGAAUACUUCCCAUACCCACUGUAUUCCUUGAGAGAGAAUGAAAGUCAGAAUUGUAUUUUAAGUAUACUGGUACAUUUUUAUUAUAAAAAGUAUUAUUGCCAGACAGUCACAGAAUAUCCAAAUCAAAACGCUUUGUUCACAGAAACCCGCUUGAUAGGGCAGAAACUCAUGUGUCAGGACUUGGACUUUGGAAAUGAACAGCUGUGGAUAAAGUCCACUCUGGACAAAAAGAGUAAAUAAAUCCAGUAAAUGGCAAUGAGUUGUUGGAGACAUGCUCAUCUCUGUAGUAUACAGGCGCGUCACUAUAAAUUGGAAUAUUGUGAAAAACAAUCUCAGUAGUUCAAUUAAGAAAGUGAAACACAACUACUAUGUAAUAUCACUAUUUCUAUAUUCACUAUAGAGUCGUCGUUGAAGAUUUCCUAAUGAUGAUUAUCAAGUGCAUUGGUAUUAAAAACUCCUAUUCAGCAUCUUGGGAAAAAAAUAUUUUAUAAGUAAAAUAAUUUUAACUGUAGAAAUGUAAGCCUUCUGAAAAGUAUAUUUUGCUAUAUACUGACCUUUGGAGCUCCUUUUAUUCAAGUCUGGACUUUGACGAGGUCACUCCAAAACUUUAUUUCUUUCUUUUUUUUCUUUACGCCAUUCAGAAGUUGACUUGCUGGCGUGUUUUGUAUUGUUAUCCUGCUGCAGAACCCAACUCCGCUUCAUCUUGAGGUCACAAACUGAUGUCUGAACAUUCUCCUUCAGGAUAUUCUGUUAAAGACUUAGUUGUCCAGGUCCUGAAUUAACCAAGCAGCCCCAGCCCAUCACACUACCACCACCAUGUUUGACUGUCGGCAUGGUAUUCUUUUUCUGAAAAGGCUGCAUUACAUUUACCCCAGAUGUAACGAUAUACCGUACAUCGCUCCAAAAAGUUCAACUUUUGUCUUGUCAGUCCAUAGAAUAUGCUCCCAAAAUCCAUCAUUCAGAUGGAUAUGCAAAACCUAUAUCGCCAAAUCUAUUUGGACAGUGAAUAUUCUUACCAAAAAAAUGUAUAUAUAUGUGUGCAAAUCCUUAAUAAUCCACCGUAGUGCUCUCCAUUGUUUGCUUCUGUGCACAAGGGGCAAACAUCAAUAUUGUGUUAUGGGAAAAUAUUGCUGCUGAUGCUAUUGACCGUGGCAACAUCAGCUGUCACAUUUUCAAUUGCCCCCCCCCCACACACACACCCUGCAAUAUCAUCAUUUUGAAAAAUUGCACUUGUCGGCGGAGCGAGAACUGCUUACAGCAGCAUUGUAAAUUCUGAAAUAUUUACAGUGUACUACACCCAGUCAGUGAAAACGUUGAAUUGAUCAUGGUCUCCGUUCAUUCAUGCUCACAUGCCCGCCCCUCGUUUAUCAAACUGCCGUGACCUAUUGCUGUUGGCAUCAUGAAGAAGAGGGGGGCACUGGGGAGGCUUUCCCGUCUUGAUGAUAUAAAUACAAGGAGGGGGAAGAGCAGCAGAAGUGCUCCAGGACCUUUUCACCCUUCUCUGCUUGGUUUUUGGACACGAAAUCUGUGAGAUAUCUUUCACCAUGAAAGGUUUGAAGACCAUCACUUUCACUUAUAUUCUCACUCUCUUUCUGGCUGCAUUUGUCACACAAACCUGGAGUGCACCGAAGGGCUCUUUCCAACGGAGAAACUGGUCACCACAGGCUAUGCUGUAUCUUAAAGGCACUCAAGGACGCAGGUUCAUCUCAGAGGACCGGAAAGAAGGAGACGUGUAUGACACUUUACACUUGGAGACCCGCAGUCAGAACACAGAGAAGCUGAGUGUGGACCAGGCUGCCACUAUUUUACUCAACUUUUUGCAGCAGGCCAGGGAUGGAGCUGAUGAAAACCCAGAUGAGGUGUACUUUCAGGAGAUGCCAGUGUGGAAGAGAGAAUACUUCUGAAAGUGGUCCACGUCCUCGUCGGAUGGCUGUCGCCAUUCAUUUCUGUGCUGAGGGAGAAGAAACAGAUAUUUUGUACAUUGUGUCACCAAAUCUGAAUGCUGUAAAUUUGAAAUGUGAUGUUUGAAUAAACUGAAUUUGGACUGAUA